AAUGACAUAAAAUAUUUUUUAAUUCUUGCAACACUUAUCGCUAACCUCUGCAUUUUCUUUUCUUUACGUCAAAAACGCGAGUCGAGACGUUUUCAAAAUGGGUAAGGUUAAGUGCUCUGAGUUACGCACUAAAGACAAAAAGGAGCUGUUCAAACAGCUCGAGGAGUUGAAAACAGAACUGACAAAUUUGCGUGUGGCCAAAGUAACUGGCGGAGUUGCAUCCAAACUAUCCAAAAUACGAGUGGUGCGGAAGGCAAUUGCUCGUGUUUACAUUGUGUACCACCAGAAAAUGAAGGUCAACCUCCGAAAUCACUACAAAAACAAGAAGUACAAGCCUUUAGACUUGAGGACCAAGAAGACGCGUGCUAUGCGUAAGGCCCUAACAAAGCAUGAAGCUAAAAUUAAGACCAGGAAAGAAAUCAGAAAGAAGUCUCUUUUCCCUCCUCGCGUUUAUGCUGUUAAGGCUUAAAUAAAAAAUUUAAGUAAAAAGUUGUUUUUUUGCACUUUAUCUGGAUUGUAAUAAGGUUUAGGAUAUAUUACUAGCCAUUCUGCAGCAUCUGCUAAUAGAAAUAAACUGAUAGGUAAAGUUGUUGAAGAGAAUGGGGUUUUUUUGCAAGCAAAUCAUUUAAAUGUCUUUAGUCGCCCAGGGUGAGGCGAGAGGGAGUGUCAGACCCGUGGUCGGACUACUAAAAACAAC